UACGCCGCUCUGUGCCGCCGAAGUCGCGACGCCCGCCCGCGUUCCCCGUGCGCGACACGCCGAACCGCACCGUUGCAUUCAUCUAACUUUUAUUACCAUUUUCGUAUCGCGAGCUCGGAAGCUAAAAUGUUUGAGCAGUGAUCGAACUCACUACGAGUGACUUACGUGGAUGGGAACGUGAUUUGUAGCCGUCGCACAAAUAUUAUUGUGAUCCGGUCCUGAGUGCCGUGCCUAAAAAAGGUUGCGGCGCGUUGUACGCGGCAUGGAGACAGGCGCAGUUGUAGAGGAGUUCAUUACUAUAGUACCGGUGGGCGAUACCAAGCCUGCGGUUCGGGAUCCAAGUUUCGUAACUGUUCUUACUGUCGGGGCGGCCAGUGGUGCGGCCGAAAUAAUUGUACAGAGGCCACGUGGGGCGAGACUCGGUCUUGGCCUUAAAUUUGAGGGUGGGUCAGCUGCUUCUGAGAAAGUAAGAAGGUUACUUGUUCAGUCAUGUGCAGACGAUAGUCCAGCAGCAAAAGCAAGUGCUCCUUGGGGAAAAUUAAUUCCCGGUGACGAAAUAUUGGCCAUAGAUGGAGUCUCCGUUUCUGACUUAACCAGAAUAGAUUGUGUGCGAAGACUUAAAGAUUCAGAUGAAAAAUUAACACUGUUAGUAAGACAUUUUGAAUCAGAAGAUAAAAUGGAUAAACUCACUAUCGGAGAAAAAGAGUUAGAUAGAAGUAGCCUACAAAAUGAAAUAACGAGGCCUACGACUCUACCACCACCGGUUCCUCCUAGAAAAUUAGGAAAGAAAAAUUCAUUUAAAGACAAAUCAACUCUGCAAACUGUUGGUGAGCAAAAUACGUUCAUAAGCAUGGACAAACAAACAAAAAUGGAAAAUUCAGUAAACAAUCAAAAUUCUACAACUACAGGAAUUAAGCUAUCACGGAAAUCUUCUUUUGACAGUCAUUUAUUUCGUCAAAAUAAAGAAAGCCUUGCUUGUCUUAAAAAGGGAUCACCUGAAGAGGUUCGUCGUUUAGUACGACGUCUCUCAGAUGGAAAGGCGAUUCCACCAGAAGCGGAAGUCUAUAUUGACUUAUUAUCCAAUGAAUGGGAACGUUGCCUCGCUAUGGCUGAUGCAGAAUCUGACGACACUGGUAGUUCAAUAUCUACAGUCAUUGAUAGAUUAGGGUCCAUGGCGAAUUCAGUGGAAAAUAGUAUACCAUCCACGCCCAUAAUGCAACAAAAAUCUAUCGAUAUCCAGAAAGUGUUGAAUAGUAUCGAGAAUAUUGACAACAAUUUAUUGAAAGACUUGGCAAAUAAAAAAAAUAAAGAACAAAAGAUAGAGGCCAGUGAUAAAAAAUUUGAAAAAUUUACAUUAAUACAAGAACCUAAAAAUAAAAACAUCGUACUAUCGAAUGCAGUAGUAGUUUCUAAAGAUAUAACUUCAAUCCCUAAUAAAAUGCCUCAAAGUGAUAAAAAUAAUAACACCGUAGAUGAAAAUGCUGCACCUAAACCCACAUUAAAAGACACGACAAACAAUAACCAAGAAGUUGUACAAGAAAAACCAAAACCCAUGCCGAGAAAUACGAAAGUUGAACGUUCUGCUAGCGAAAGAAAACGGAGACCUAUUCCUAUCCCAGAACCAUCUUCGACGCCGAUUAUCGACCAGCUUUUGACAGCCACGAAAAAAACUUGCAUUGAAACUUGGCUACAACGUUCUGAAGCAGAGAUGAAUAAUAAGACCAUUGAAAAGGCGGAAGAAAGCUCUGUGCCGGAGAUUCUUCCUCGUUUAAUUGAUUUCGUGCCUAAGAGCCAAUUCGUAGAAAGCAGUAAUGAGGCACCAGUCUGUAUCCGGCCGACAACAGCACCACCACCGCCCCCAGUGGAGAACAGAGAAGAUGGCUCAGGAGCAUCUUUAGAUACCAUAGGUGAAUUGGACGAAUCCUGCGACGUCACCGACAAUUCGAAACCACGCACUGACAACGAUUCGAGUAAACGAAAGUCUUCCUUCGAUAAAAGUUUUUGGAAUGAUCGUGUCAGCAGAAGUGAUGCUGAAGACAAAAGUCUUUCAAACGAUGAGACACCAGUUCCAACUUGUCCACGCCAACCACCCGAUGGUGUCGAAACGCCUUCAGAUGCAAUUGAGAAGACACCCGAUCUGCCAACAAGAUUACCACCUCGUAUACCCGCAGGCUGGCCUGGCACUCGUCCACGGUUCUCCUACACGUUGAGAACGCAAGAUGCGAGAAGCGAGGCUAGCGUUAAGGACAAAAUUGCUAUGUUUUCAUCCGACCAUGCAAUGUCUUCAGAUCGCUUAGAUAAGUGUGGCACUCUUCCAGUAAGAAGCCAUUCCACUCUUAGAAAAAGUGUUACGCCCUAUGCUAAAAACUAUUCCGAAAUAUCUUCCUUAGAUAGACGAUUGACGAAAUCACAAGACAACCUUGAUGAAAGUCCAUGCAUAUACAAAAUACAUUCUGAAAGGCCAGAAGUGCUGGGAGGUGUGGAAAUUUCUAAAACUGAAAUGAAAUCUAACAAAUUAAGUAAUCAAUCAGAUUUACACAAACCAUUAUUUUAUGGAAGCACGACAACUUUAACUUCAGAAGCGUUAUACUCUCGACCUGGGUUCCACAGCCGCAGUAUUAGUGAAGACAGUACGACUAGCACAGGAUCACAUAAAUCCAAUUUAGAGUAUUUAAUAGAACAAAGAAAGAAAUCGAUGUCAAAACUUCGAGGCCUGGCCAUACCUGAAAUGCAAUCUCCCAUAGUUGAUUUACCUGAAAUAAAAGUACAAGAUAAUCUUUCGAAGACGUUUCUUCAAAAAUAUUCUAAGCCAGAAAUUAAAAACGAUACAAUUGUUAAGAAUUCCAAGCCAUCUACUUUUAACGAAAAUAAAUGGAAAACUAAUUUUUUGCCAAACAAUAUUCCCAAAUAUUCACCUGCAUUCAAAAGGAAAUCUUUACAAGUUUACACGCCAUCUUGCUUGUCAAAAGAAUCAACACCUGAACGAAAGUUUGCUGAAAAAGUUGAAACAAUUAAUAAAAGCAGUGCUUUACAUUCCGCCCAAAAACCUCAACGAACUACAUCAGAUUUGGCUAGAGCUACCCUAUUUAAUUAUUCACCCCAAUAUAAACAAUUCAGUAGGAAUGGUUUUAAUCAUUCGCAGGAUUUUAAAAAUGUCGAAGUCAAAAUUUGUACAGCUACUGAAGUUGUCGAUAGUGACAAUGAUUCUGCGAUGAGUUCUACACAAUCCAGUUAUCGUUCAUCAGCAUCGUCACCUAUGCAUAACUUGGACAACGUGGAAUCUGAUAGUUCCCAUAUAUCUCCAAGAAUUUCACACUAUGCAACUUACCUACAUUCCAAGUCAGAAUUUUUAGCAAAACCUAUAAAUAUCGAUAAAAACAAUGAAUUCGUUAAAAGAAAAGUGUGCCGUUCAGUGUCAUCCGAUACGAAUGUAUCUCUCAGUUCAUCUGCUGGAUCAGCAGCUACAUCAGGCUCUCAAGCAAGCUGUAGCUCUUUAGAAAGUUCUGUAGCUGACUCAGAUAAGAGACGAGUUUCAAAAACAUACAACGUGGAUACUAUAAAUCGACGCAAUAUACUUGCUUCAGCAAAAUGCCGAAGUGGUAGAGAUAUAACUCUAAAGUCACCUGUUAUUGAAACUAAAUUCUCUCAUGAGUCACAUGACAGAUCGCCCAGUCCUGUUCAUAAAACGUCUGAACGCCUUUCUACGCUCCCGUCUACAGUGAGUGCAAUAACGAAUAAAGGCGAAACCAGACGACGUAACAAGGUAAUUGUUGAAAGUGACUCUGACUCUGACAGUGAAAUAACUAUUCGGCAGCGAAAAUCUGAAUUUAAAAAUACAAGAUUAAAGCGUAAUUCAUCAACCAAUAACAAAAACAAACAAAACAAUAUCCCACUUGAAACAGAUAAAAACGAAGAAGUACCAUAUGUUAUUAAAGACAAAAUAAUGAACGAAAUUAAUAAAGCUGGUUUAGAUGAUUAUAAUACUAACAAUAACAAAAGAAUAAGUUCAGAAAAUAUUAAGCAAAAUUCCAAACAUAACGUAAUUUCUGGAAAAUGGAGAAACGAGGAAAACAAUAAUAAUGAGUUUAAAUCACAAAAGAUGCCAGAUGAUCCUGUAACUGCUAGAUCAAGAAAUAAUAUUUUAAUUGUUAAUAAUAACAAUACUUCACAGACACCUAAAGAUAAGACCAAUAAUAACACUAAAAGUAGUACAAAUGUCAAAACGCAAAUUUACCACCUUAAAAAAGGAAAUGGGACAGGUGUAGGACUUAUUUUAGCUGGAGGAAUUGAUUGUGAGGCAAAAGAUGUAACGGUACAUCGAGUUUUGUCCGAUAGUAUAGCAGCCAAAGCAGGCAUUGAAAAAGGAACUAAAGUUAGGAGCAUUAAUGGUUGCUCUACUACUGGACUUACACACGCCCAGUCUGUUUCAAUUUUAAAGGAACAACGGCCUGAAGUUGUAAUUGAAAUUGAAAACGAAACACAAGGCAGUUUCAUGGAAUGCGGCUCUGAAAAUGCGGAGUCGAAGGGUCAUCAAGAUCUAAAUAAAUCACACAAGGGUGAUAAUACAGCAUCUGGAUCGGUUGUGACAGUUGUUUUGGAGAAGGCGGGAGGUGGCGCUGGCUUAGGAUUCGGUCUUGAUGGUGGACGAGAUUCCCCCAAUGGAGAUCGUGCACUUACCAUCAAAAAGUUAUUUGCAGGUGGAGCCGCGGCACAGAGUGGUCGUGUUAUUGUCGGAGCUGAGCUUCUCUCUGCAGGAGGACAGUCCUUUGAAGGCUUCACUCGUACUCAAGCGUGGGCGGCCUUGAAGGCCCUACCCGCUGGACAAGUAGUCUUAGUAUUAAAAAACCCUAUAUCGACUGAAGCUUGAUGUUAUUUACAUUUAUAUAUUGUUAAGUUUACGAGAAAAAAGCUAUUCAUAAUCCUCACUUACAUUGCAAGUUGUGAUCACUCGAAAAACAUAGUUUUAGUUUUAUUAUUCUCUUUGCUAGGUUUUCACUGUAAAUACUAUUUUCAAACAUACAUUUUACGUAAAACGUAGUUUAAUGAUCUGAAGACUGUACUUGAAUUUUGAUUAACAUGUUUAUUUAUUGUUAAAAUACUAGUCCGGAAAGAUAAAAAUAAUAAUUUAUAAGUACCUAUGUUAUUAAGGCAUAAUAAUAUGAUAGUUAUUUCUAGUGUUAAAUGGCGUGCCAUUCCGAUGAUUUAGAAGUUAAAUCACGAUUUUUGGGUUGGAGACAAAUUAUCGGCAUAUUAUUUUUUGUUAUUAUAAUAAUCGGUAUGCCAUUUGCAUUUGAGAUAAGAGACUAACUAUUAUGUAUAUGUUGCUUAUGGUUGUUAAAUAACAUAAUCGUUAAUGUGUAUUAUCCAAUUUAAGAAUCAUCGUUUAAUGUAAUCAUUAUGGUUAAUUUUAAUCGAAUAAUCUUUUCGCCUUGCCAUUCCUAAUAAUCAUUCAGCCUAUCUUACCAGCAGUAGUUAUAGACACAUUUGUAAAUAUUGUUUUAGUUCAUAUCCUAUAACUUUUGUAUUUUAUUUCAUAACACAUUAAACACUUAAAGUGUAGCCGCAUAAUAUUUAUAGUCCCUAAAUUAUAUCUCUCGAAAUGAUGUUCUCUAUUUUUUCACGAAUAAAUAUUUAAAAAAUAAA